GUCUGAUUUAUCACGUGCUUGCAUGUCAGCAGCGUCUCCGGCCCACAGCGUGGUUUCGGUUGUUCACAGUGCCCGUGCUGACUCUGCUUGCCAGCGCGCGCGCGUCGCGUGUUGCUGCUCGCUCCAUGCCGCCUGCCGCCAGGGGCACCGCCUCCAGCGCGCUGCUCGCGGCUGUGGCCUGCGGCGGCUCGGUGCCCAUUGCCACCUUCGACGGCGCCGCCGCCACGACGCGGAGGUGGGAGGUCGUCAACGACCCCGUCAUGGGCGGGCAGAGCUUCUCCAGCUUCCACGUGAACGACACGCAGGGCCUUGGCGUCUGGUCGGGGCAGGUGCGGGUCGUGCCGUUCCUGGGCGCGCCCGGCUUCUGCAACCUGCAGUCGCCAGGGCUGGGCAGGACCGCGGACUUCCCGGACCUCUCGCCCGCGAGCGGCAUCGGGGUUCGAGCGAGGGAGGCGAACAGUUCUGGGCUCCUGCACUUCAGCGUGAUGAUCAUGUCGAAGGGUGCGCGCCGCCUCAUGCAGAGGGGCGUCUACACAGCCAACGUGACCUUCUCUUCGGAGACCCAGGAGGCCUUCGCUCCCUGGUCGGCCUUCGUCUGCACGUGGCGGGGCCAGAUGGUCCCCUGGUGCCCGCCCCUGCUCACCCAGCUUGACAAGGUCGACAGUGUCGGGCUGGGGACGGCCUUCCCGGGCACAGCGGGGGACUUCCAGCUGGUGUUGGAGUCCAUCUACGGUGCUCGGACAAGCACCAGUUUCGUCGACUCCUCCACUGAUCGGGCAAUUGCCGACUUCGUCGACCUCGCCACGUUCGAUGGCAAGGCGCCACGCAAGUGGCACUCCGAGAACGAUCCAGUGAUGGGCGGUCAAAGUGACAGCACGGUCCAGGUGGCGAAGUCGUUCGCGGAUUUCAAGGGCUCCACGCGGAUAGUGCCAUCACUUCAGGCUCCAGGCUUCACCAUCGCCUUGACCGAGGGUCCGCUCCUCUCUCGUUUCCCGGACGUCUCCGCCAUGGACGGCCUGGCGGUAUCAGUCAGCAACAUGGGAGCACCGUACUCCGGCUUCAAGAUCGCCUUCUGCGACAGCCACCUUUUCUUCCGGUGCCAGUUCCAGAGCUUCAAGGCCGCGCUGCCAGUCCCGGCGGCCGCCAGCCGCGGCUUCCAGGAGGUCUUUGUCCCGUGGAAGGAGUUCUCGAACAGGUGGAACGCCUCCACGGGCGAGCACACGGCCGAGAGCCCGCCCGGACCGAGCAGCCUGCGCUCGAUCACGCAGCUGCAGCUCUGGGCCGAGGGCGUGGAGGGGGACUUCGACCUCCGCUUCUCGUACGUCCGGGCGGUGCGGGCCCCCGUGCGGCCGGCCGCGGCGGCGCUGCUGGUCUGAAGCCGACAGCCGACCUCGAGCCCGUCGGCGCUGUCUUCAUGAGGAGAAAAAACACAGACACAAUUAAUCGUCGACUCCCCAGAAAAUAUGGG